UGGAAAAAAACGGCGACAAUGCUCGGGCAAUGCGCUUGGUGAGAACGCAACGAAGCUACGAAGAAGGCCAGAAGUGCUGGUAGUAACCCGGCCAGUCCCCCGCACGCGGGCGGUGCACAUCCAACAUCAUCCACGGCCCGUUCCCUCUCGCAACUUCAAGUGACACCGACACACCUGUACUGGACGUGAUUCACACACCAGAACAAACAGCAAACAACGAAAUAAAAAUUUGACUAAUUAACGGAAUAUUCGUGCCCAGUCUGAAAAUUACCACAUCCAUUGUCGCUGAUCGAUUAACAGCAGCUACCCCCGAGCAAAAUUAUUUCGGAAACACAACAACGCAUUCGGGAGUUUAGAGUAACUUGAAGAUUCUUAUUGUUGAAAGUGAACACCCGGACUUAUUUUGCAAGAAGAAUCAAGCAAAAUCAAACAACUCCAAAGUCGAGUCAGUUUCAUGAGUGAAUUAGAAUGUGCCGGGUACCCAUUUACAGGCUUUCUGGUACGCUGAAUAGUGUAAUCCCCCUCUGAUUCUGUUUGAAUCUUCCUCAUUAGUUUUCAAUUGCAAUUCUUCAAAGUCAGACUGAUGCUGUCAACAAUGAGAGAACGAGUUUUCUCAAUAAUUCAAGGACCAACAGUCCUGUACAAGAAAUUGAAAGGUGCGUCUUUUGAGACUAAAAUGGAACACACCACAUAAAUCCCGAGAAUUUAUUACUACAACUUAAUUGGUAAUAGUGAACCUUGGGAUCCGAAAUUAUCGAUCUUUUGAUAAACACCGAUCGAAGUUCUAGCCGAAUAAUAGUGUAAACCAGGGAACAAGUGCCUGGAGAUUUUCCUUUCGGGAGUGCGACGCCGAGUGUGUUGACACAAAAGUCAAGAGAUCCAUGGUGUGACGCCAAAUGUCAACUGCCUUUUUAAAAGAAUGAAGUGUCAAGGGAAAAAGUGGUGGAAAAAAAUUGGCCCUGGUAUAGGGACAAUCUAGUGCUAUUAUAUAAUUUCAGAAAAACAACUCGGAGUAUCGAAUGGUGGAAAGAACGUACAAUUAAAUUUGCGAGUACAUAAAUCACGUGCAAUAGUGACGAAAGUAUAGUAGGGAAGUGAUCAUGUCUCAACGUCCGAUACCACCUAACGAGGAGUCCUACCUCAAAUCCGGGCGCCCCUCUAAUCUCUUGAAGACCAGUUUUUCCAGCUCCAAGCUAGAAAAGCUCUACAGGGCAAGCUCGUUACAACAGAGACGUGGUGGACUCCACUGUUUUCUUUUGUCAGCAAUAUUGUUUGACAUUUACACGUUGGCAUCACCGGAACCUGAGUUACCGGCUCGUGGCAUAACAGCUGUAUUUUUGGGUUUGAAUUUGGCCCUUCUAGCGCUUGCUGAGAGCGGGACCCGAGCAAGGGACGCUCUAUGGUCGGCAAUUCCACAUUUAGCCUGGCACAUAUCUACUGGACAACUUCUUGUUCAGUUAUUCUUCAAAUCAACUGAAGUUGUGCCUAGAGAUGGUCUUGGAUGGCUGCUUCUGUUGCUGUAUUUGCUCUUUGCAACCCUACCUCUGAGACUACUCCACUGCGCCUUUUUAGCAUUUGGCACAGCGACAACUUACAUCGUUGCAGUUGUCGGCCUCGCUAAAAUUCCGACACAAACGCCCAUCGAAGUUCUGAUAAUAACGGUUUCGCUAUCAGCAUGUGCAGCUGCCCUCGGAGCCUCAAGUUAUUCCCUCGCUGAGUUCCAGCAGCGUCGAGCUUUUCUCGAAACACGUCAGAGCCUCGAAGUUCAGCUCAUUAUUGAGGAACAAAGUGCCGAACAGGAGCGUUUGCUGCUCAGCGUUUUACCUCAACAUGUGGCAGUCAAAAUGAGAGAGGAUCUUGGCGCUUCGCUCGAUACUCAAUUCAAAAAAAUUUACAUGUCAAGACAUGAGAAUGUAUCCAUACUUUACGCAGAUAUUGUUGGAUUUACGGCAAUCUCAUCAACUUACAGCGCCAGUGAACUUGUCAAAAUACUCAACGAACUUUUCGCUCGUUUUGAUCAGCUCAGCGAAAGAUACGAACAACUGCGGAUAAAAAUUCUUGGAGACUGUUAUUACUGCAUAAGCGGAGCACCGAACGAACGACCGGACCAUGCAGUAUUAAGCGUCCAUAUGGGUCUCUCAAUGGUUGAUGCGAUCAAAUACGUCCAAGCUACCACCAAUAGUCCUGUCGAUAUGCGGGUUGGAAUACAUACUGGCGCCGUAUUAGCUGGUGUACUCGGUCAAAGACAAUGGCAAUUUGAUGUUUACAGCAAGGAUGUCGAGCUUGCCAAUAAAAUGGAAAGCAGUGGAAUGGCAGGUAGAGUGCACAUUUCUAAUGCGACUCUGAGUUUUCUAAAUGGGGAGUUUGAGGUGGAACCGGCUUAUGGUGAGCGACGCGAGGAGGCUUUACAGAAAGCCGGUCUGGUGACCUAUUUUAUUGUGAGGGCUCUAAAGCCCUUCAAGCCGGCAAUCACGAAAAGCCUGGCAUCCCUAGCCGAUGCUGAGCCUUCGAACGACCAACUUGCUAUGGAAUAUGUGGAUGGCAGGAAUAAGGAAGAUUCUGAAGACUUUAGACUUCGGCUGCGAAAAGAACUUGAUAAUCGAGACGGUGGAGCGGAACUGCGGGGUCACGCUUCCUGGCUGACCCUACAUUUCAUAGAUCCGAAUGUGGAGGCUGCGUUCCACACAAGUGGCGAAGCUUUCUCACCCCUCUCAUUACUCGGUGGUCCACUUGUGAUGGUUUGCACCGCACCCAUUUGGAGAGUCCAGCCAUGGGGACCAUUUACCUGGGGUGGGGCGGGCGUUGUCACCUUGUUUGGGAUUGUUCUCGCCGGUGCAACUUGCCUCGGGAGCGCUGUUAGAGCUAGAUGGCUCAGAAGGACUCUUGCACUACUAAUGAUUUCGUCCCUAAGUGUAUUUAUACUUCUUGAUAUGGCAAAUUGCGCAAUUAUCGAAGAAGCCAAAGCGCCAACAAAUGCCUCGUUGACCUGGUCACUUCGUUGUCCGUAUCCAUCGUAUUACUCCUACGUCGGUGUUUUGGCCUUAAUCGUGAUAUCGAUGCCGGCGUACAUCAAUUAUCUUGGAAAAUCGGUGUUGAUGUUCGUCCUCGCAGGUGCACAAUGCGCUGUUAAUAUCAUGAUACUAGGACCAAGUCUUGAUCGCGAAGAUGUUGCCUCAUAUCCACCAGGACCCGUGCCAUUUCCACUCAAAUACUCACUAUCCGCAAUUUUAUUGACCGUUGCUGCAACUCUCGUUGUUGUUGCCAGAUAUGCAGAAAAAGCGAGAAGAAUACUUUAUCUCCGUGGCAGAGAAGUUAUCGAGCAAAGAGAACGAGCUUGUGACAUGAAACGACGAAACGGUGUUCUGAUUUAUAACAUUUUGCCGCCACACGUUGCUGCAUAUUUUCUUUCAACAGCGAGACAUCACGACGAUCUUUAUAGCCAAAGUUACGCCGAGGUCGGAGUACUUUUUGCGAGUAUGCCGAAUUUCGCUGAUUUCUACAGUGAGGACAGUAUAAACAAUCAGGGUCUUGAGUGUCUUAGGUUUCUCAAUGAGGUCAUAUCCGACUUCGACGCGAUCCUGGACCAAGCCAAAUUUAAAGACAUAAUUAAAAUAAAAACAAUAGGCUCGACAUAUAUGGCAGCUUCAGGAAUAACAGAAUCUAACGAGCCAGAGGAUGGGCCAAGGUGGGGGCAUCUUUCGGUGCUCGUUGAAUUUGCUCUCGAACUGAAAAAAGCACUUUCGGGUAUAAACGAACAGAGCUUCAACCAUUUCGUUCUUAAAAUGGGUAUCAACCAUGGUCCUGUGACGGCCGGUGUGAUUGGAGCGAGAAAACCUCAUUAUGAUAUUUGGGGAAACACCGUGAACGUUGCUUCAAGAAUGGAAAGCACAGGAAAAGUGGCUCACAUACAGGUGACGGAUGAGACUCGAAAAAUUCUCGAACCAUUUGGUUUUGGUUUCGAACAACGUGGUCUGGUCUUUGUUAAAGGAAAAGGUCAGCUAUUGACCCAUUAUUUGGUGGCUAAAGAUGGUGUUCCAUUAGGUCUGGAUAGUGAUCUUCCUGUUGAACCGACUCAUCCAAUUAUAUAUCAGUAAAACAAAUCAUCGGUAGGAAAAGAAGAACUAAAUUGUACGUUAGAAAAUACUCGAUAAAGCUAAGAGUAUAGAAAAAAAUAUGACGGCUAAGAAAAGGUUAAGAAAAAGAAAAAGAAGGAAGCACACCUCGAAGCUGCAAUUGAAGCACGCGAAGCGUGCGGAAAAGUUUUUUUUAUAGAUUGAUAUGUAUUCUCUCUUGAAACUAAAGAAAAAGGACCGUCUGUUAACGAGACACAACUCAAGUCAAAGAGCUUGGUAAAAAAUCGAAAUUGACCGGUUGGUUUAAAGAUUUUCAACUAGAUUCCGAGGUAUUGAAAAUGAAAACUUUAGUAAGGGAAAGAGAAAGGGCAAGGAGGAAGAAAUGAGAACAAAGUGAUCCUAACGAGAGGGGAUAUAAACCUGCCGGGGAUAUAAAAAUAAAAAUACCAACCCUCUGUGCCAGAGCUGGAGGAUUGCCUGGAAGUCUGAAAAUAAUGAAAAAAUGAGGUGGAAAAAGAUUUCGACCCUCGCUUCCCUGUUCCAGCAAAAAAUGGUGUGUAAAAAGAUGUCUGCGAAUUCAGAAAGAAACUGCGGAACAAGAGGACACAAAGCAAAUAAAAAGAAAAUCUUUUUGCCGCUUAUUCUUACAUAAUCCAAUUUGAUGAGGUAAAAGAGUAGCUGGGACGGAAAAAAAAUAAUCAAGCUUUUCUUGGUAGCUGAAGGGUUUCGAUGGUGUCUUUGAAAACGAAACUGCUACACAGACUGUGUCAUCACUCGCCCCGAAGCUUCACGUUCGAUGCAAAAAAAGAUUGAAGUUAAGGGUGGGUAGGCGCUAAGACAAGGGUUGAACGCUAGUCGAUCAAUGAAAUGCUUAGCGAGCUUAUCACGCACUCAGAAAUCUGCGGUCGAAUAUUUUUAUCCAGCAAAAUUCAUAAUUAUUUCAUCACAUUUUUCUCGAACAUCUAUUACUGAUGUUUAUAUUCCUUUAUGGCCAAUUUUUUUUCGAUUUCACAAAACUUACAGUACAUUUAAUGAAACUGACUGAAUUAUUCUUCAGAACUUCCUGUGCUAAACUCAUAAAGAAACUUUUGGCCACCGGGCAGUUGG